AUGUCACAACCGGUCCAAAGAUGCUUCCAAUUCAUGUCCGAUCUGCAUUUAGAGCUUGGCCAGCAAUACGACGCGUUCGACUUUCCCGCCGUUGCCCCUUACCUUACUGAGCGGUACCAACGAGUUUUCCUGGUGUUGGGCAACAAUGAAUUCCACGGAAUGGAUCAUGCGACUGGAAUCUCCACGGCGAAGAAACUGGAGAACGAGCCUUUGUUAGACGGGAAAUUGACUCUUCUCCAUCGAACAAGAAGCGAUGUGGACCAUGGCCAAACUGUUGUGUCCGUACUCGGCUGUACCUUGUGGUCUCGAAUUCGCGACGAUGCUGCCGAUCAGGUCCGCAGUAAAGUGAAGGACUUUCAGAGCAUUCAGGGCUGGACAGUCGAGCGCCACAACGCAGAGCAUGAGGCAGAUGUACAGUGGUUAAAGAAUGAAAUUGGACUCAUUGCGCGAGAUGAACCCAACAACGUUGUUAUCGUCAUAACACACCACGCACCGGCGAUCCAGGAAGCCUCGCGGCCGGAGUAUAUGGCUAGCCCCAUAACUGGAGCAUUUGCCACCGAUCUCUUGCCCUCGGGAGACUGGGGCCGGGUCGAAUAUUGGAUCUACGGACAUACUCACUUCUCGACCGAGUUUGAGAAGGGUAGUGUAACUGUAGUUAGCAAUCAGCGUGGCUACAUCCUUCCGGGGACGAACAUCCAUAUCGGCGGAAAGGGGGACACUGGUAGGCGUGAGUUCAGUGCCGAGAAGGUGAUUCGCAUCGAUAAAGGCGCCACUUAG